GCUCUCUCCAGUGAGACAACACUCUGGCAUAAAAAGAGUAGAAGUCUCCCUCUUUUGCUUUCCGAGGCCGAGCCAAGAUAGGACUGGUUUCUGACAACAAAUAAUAGCGGCUCCCUUCAAGAGACACCAAAAUAAGCCAACACGCUCAAACCUAUUCAUCAUGGCUCCUCCUGCAGCAGACGUCGACAUUCAGCCCAGCCCUGCCGUCUUGGACCUUCCUAUCAAGGCCAAGACCGUCCCCGGGCACUCUAGCGACUCCCGCCUGGCAGGACCUCUGGAAUACUCUGGAAGUCUUGAUUCCUUUGAUCAGUUUGACGUUACGGCCGUCAUUGGCCGCGAAUUUCCCAAGCUUCAAAUUAGCGAGAUUCUUCACGACGAUUCCAAGAUUCGAGAUUUGGCCAUUCUCGUUUCCCAGCGCGGUGUGUUGUUCUUCCGCAACCAGGACCUCAACAUCGAUGACCAGAAGCUAUUAGGCCAGCGGUUGGGCGAGUUGACGGGCAAACCCGAGACGUCCAAGCUGCACCGCCACGCGCUGUCCAACAGCAAGCGCGGCAUCGCCGUCGAUGAGAACGGCAGGCUCGAUGACGAGGUCUCCAUCAUCUCGUCCGAGCAGAAUCGCAAGUUCUAUGCGGACCGGGCGGCCCAAAAUUCCAAGAAGAUUGCCAGCGAGGGCUGGCACGCCGACAUCACAUUCGAGAAUAUCCCUUCGGAUUAUGCCAUUCUCAAGAUUGUGCAGCCGCCCUCGGACGUGGGUGGCGACACUCUGUGGGCCUCGGGUUACGAGGUAUACGACCGCUUGAGCCCGGCAUUUCAGAAGCUGGCCGAGGGUCUCACGGCAACCCACUACCAGCCGAGAUUCGUCCAGGUCAAGGAUGCUUUUGGCGCCGAGCUCAUCGACGACUACCGCGGCGCGCCCGAGAACAAGGGCCUCGACUUCAAGGCCGUGCAUCCCGUCAUCCGCACCAACCCCGUCACGGGCUGGAAGAGCGUCUUUGGGGCUGGGCACCAGGUCGAGGCUGGCUGGAUCAACGACGUCACCCGCCGCGAGAGCGAAAUCAUCAAGGACUACUUCAAGCAGCUGAUUACCGAGAACCACGACCUGCAGGUGCGCUUUCGGUGGAACAAGAAUGAUUUGGCCAUCUGGGACAACCGCUCCGUCUUUCACACUGCCACAUAUGACUACGCCGGAAAGCGCCAGGGCAACCGUGUCGUCUCACUUGGCGAGAAGCCCUACUUUGAUCCCAACUCCAAGUCUCGGCGGGAGGCGCUGGGUCUGCUGGAGUGAAGGGAGUUGGCAGAACACACUCCAGGCACGCAUGAAGACACGGAAAGGAACAACGGAAAGGAACACUCGGUUAAAGGACACAUCGUUCGUGUUGCGGGACACAUUUGUCUGAAGACUGAAGACAAUUUGAGUUUGCACUGCAAGAGGACGAGAGUGCGAGAGUUCGAGAGUAAAAGGUAAAGAAAGGCUUGGGCAGGCUGCAGAGUUGAAGUCUAACUGCUUCUUUAUUUCCUGCUCCUCAUAGCCGAACGCAGC